AUGUAUUUGCAAGCUUCGAUUGCGGCCGUGCUCUUGGCCAUACCGGCAGUGCAAGCAAACCUGAACCAGCUGGCACAAGCUGCUGGCAAGUUAUAUUUUGGCUCAGCAACUGAUAACCCCGAGUUAUCUGACUCUGCUUAUGUCGCUAUCUUGUCGAACAAGAACGAGUUCGGCCAGAUAACGACAGGCAACACUCAAAAGUGGCAAUACACAGAACCAACCCAAAACUCCUACAGCUACACGCAGGGAGAUGUCGUCACGAGUUUUGCGGCCUCGAACGGGCAAAUACUGCGGUGCCACACGUUAGUCUGGCACAAUCAGCUGCCGAGCUGGGUCUCUUCCGGCACCUGGACAAACAGCACUCUCACAGCCGUCAUCCAAGCCCACAUCUCCAGUGAGGUGAGCCACUAUAAGGGCAAAUGCUAUGCCUGGGAUGUUGUGAACGAGGCCCUUAACGAUGACGGUACCUGGAGGGCCAGCGUAUUUUACAACACGAUGGGAACUUCGUAUUUCCCGGUAGCCUUUGCUGCUGCUGCCGCUUCCGACCCGGCUGCAAAGCUCUAUUACAAUGACUACAACAUUGAAUCCUCCGGAGCGAAAGCCACGGCCGCUGUCAACUUGAUCAAGGUCAUCCAGGCCGCGGGAGCAAAAAUAGACGGAGUGGGCUUGCAGGGCCACUUCAUCGUGGGCUCCACCCCCAGCGCAUCCUCUCUCGCGAGCCAGCUCAACACCUAUGUCGCCCUCGGCCUCGAGGUAGCAUAUACAGAGGUUGACGUUAGGUUUUCGAGCCUUCCCUCGACGGCAUCGGGCCUCGCGCAGCAAGCAACUGAUUAUGGCUCUGUUGUAAGCGCCUGUCUUGCUGUCAGCAAGUGUGUCGGAAUAACAGUUUGGGACUUCACAGACAAAUACAGUUGGGUACCUGGCACGUUCUCGGGGCAGGGUGAUGCCUGCCUGUAUUGGUCCAAUCUAACCACGAAGCCGGCGUACGACAAUGUGCAGAAGUUGCUGGCAGCGGCCGCGGGGACACCUUGUGGUGGUCUUGGUUGGACUGGUCCCACAGUCUGCGCAGCACCGUAUACUUGUACUAUUUCAAACCCUUACUAUUCCCAAUGUUUAUAG